AUGAGUGCUCGCACACGACGACAAAAGGCCGCCUUGGGCGUACCUGCUGAUGAUAGCGAGGAUUUGUCUACCGGCAAUGGCAGUGCGACCCCAUCCAAAUCCACCAAGCGCACGCCUUCCAAGAAGAGAUCACGAUCAGCUCUUAGGGAAGAGGAGCCCCAGGAAAACAUCUUCCUCUUCGCCCCGAAUCUUAUCGGGUAUUUCCGAGUCGUCCUCGCUUUCGCAUCCCUUUACUACAUGCCCCUCCACCCUCGGACGUGCUCUCUUCUUUACAGUGUGUCAUGUCUGCUUGACGCAUUGGAUGGAUAUGCGGCGCGUUAUUUUAACCAGUCGACCACCUUCGGUGCCGUGUUGGACAUGGUGACGGAUCGCUGCACAACCUCUUGCUUGAUCGUCUUCCUCAGCUCCGCCUGGCCCCGAUGGGCUAUCAUCUUCCAGGGUCUGAUCUGCCUGGACUUGGCUAGUCACUACAUGCACAUGUAUGCCACCCUGAGCAUGGGUGGUUCUGACCAGAGCCACAAGAAGGUCGACUCCAGCCGCAGCUGGGUCCUCUACCAGUACUACCACAGCAGGGUCGUUCUGUUCAUUUGCUGCGCUCUCAAUGAGCUGUUCUUCAUCGGCCUCUACUUGCUCUCCUUCUCCUCGCCGAUCCUCUCGCCCUCCCUUCUCCAGCCUGUUGGCGACGUGGGCCAGCCUUCCUCGGUGCAGCCUGGAAACCCCGCCAACCCCGUGCCCAGCAGCCUCUUCGCUAGCCCGUGGAGUGCUGGUGCCCUCGAGAUGGCCCGUGCCAACAAGAUCGAUAGCUUCUGGCCAUGGGUCAUCACUGGCAUCUCUGCGCCAGUCAUGCUGUUCAAGCAGUUUGUCAAUAUUGUCCAGCUGGUCAAUGCCAGCCGCUGGCUCGCAGAGGGCGACCGCCAAACCCGCCGUGCCAACCGCAAGAAGUAA